AUGAUAUCGAGUAAAACCGAAUGUGCACACAAAUGUUUAACCUACACAAUGUGCCAAACUGCAACCUACUAUGAACAGAUACAAAUCUGUUCAUUGUACAGUGAGAAGUAUAGUGUUGGACAAAUUUUAGGUGGAAUCAAUCAAGCAAGUUCUGUUUUAGAAAUGAAGAAUCGUGAACCAACUAUACGUGUUCUAUCUUCUCAAUCAACUUGGUCACAAUCUGCUAUUACAUUAGCCGGUAAUUCUGCAGGCAUCUCUGGUUCUGGCGGAUCGCAUCUCUAUAUUCCAAUUCCAUUUUAUUAUGAUCAACCUAAUAAUCUCAUAAUUGUUGGUGAUAAUGGUAAUAGUCGUGUUAUACAGUUUCAUCUCAACAAUCCAUCUUCGAAUGGAACAGUGAUUGCUGGUGGUAAUGGAAAUAGUUGUACCAGUCUCAAUCAAUUUUACAAUACUGUUGGUAUAGCUCUUGAUAGCUCUCGCCACUUAUAUGUAUCAGAUUCGGGUUGUAGUCGAAUUCUUAUGUUUCCACCAAAUUCAAAUUCAUCAACAUUUGGAGUACUUAUCAUUACUCUGAGUAUACCCGAGGGAAUAUUUAUAAAUUCAUUAACUGAUGAUCUCUAUGUAGCUGUGUAUAGUACAUCUUCGGUGGUCAUGAUUGCGAAGAAUAGUACAGUUAGCGUGGUUGUCGCAGGUGGAAACGGUGGUGGAAAUGGCUUGAAUCAGCUUUACCAUUCAAAUAGUGUUUACUUUGAUUAUUUAUAUACAAAUUCAUUGUAUGUUACUGACACUGAUAAUAAUCGUGUACUCAAAUUUCCAUCAGGUUCCACGAGUUUAACCAAUGGAACAAUUGUUGCGGGCAGUAGUUCAAGUGGAAGUGGAUCGAAUCAGUUGAGUAAUCCAAGAGCUUCACUAGUAGAUAUGAAUGGAAUUGUCUAUGUAUCUGAUGGAGGUAACAAUAGAAUUCAACGUUGGCUACCAGGUGCGAGUAGUGGUGAUACACUUGUUGGUGGAGUAUCAGGAACAGCAUCAAAUCAACUCACCUUCACGGAAUCAAUCUUAUUUAAUGAGAAUUAUCAAUUAUUGGUUGUUGAUAGAGGAAAUAAUCGAAUUCAAAUUUUUAAUAUAACAGCAUAUUAG